CACGGCCCUGCCGGAACCGAAGUGCUGCGCUGCUCCGAGCAGGCCGGCCCUCCGUGUCCCAGGUCUGCAGGUUGCGGGCGAGUGUCUGUGGUGUCCCUGCAGGUCCCUCCAACCAUCGAGAGGUCACACGUUGAGGACGAAGCCUCCCGGGAAGAGAAGGGGAGUCAGCGAGCGGCUCCGUCCUACCGAAUCGAGACCAUCUACGGGCCCUAGGCCCAGGGAAGGCCAAGACCCGGAAAGGACCGGACAGUAGGUUUGCUAGACAGUGCGGGAAGCUGCGCUUAGGCGUGAUAGUGACAAGACCCCUGGCUGGACUCUUACCUAAAACCCGGAACCAAUGGCAGGGGACAGAACCAAACGCUGUGAACUGGACCAAGAAAAAUACGAUGCCGAUGACAAUGUGAAGAUCAUCUGCUUGGGGGACAGCGCAGUGGGCAAAUCUAAACUCAUGGAGAGAUUUCUCAUGGAUGGAUUUCAGCCACAGCAGCUGUCCACAUAUGCCUUGACUCUGUAUAAACACACUGCCACAGUAGAUGGAAAGACCAUCCUUGUAGAUUUUUGGGAUACAGCAGGACAGGAGCGGUUCCAGAGCAUGCAUGCCUCCUACUACCACAAGGCCCACGCCUGCAUCAUGGUGUUCGAUGUACAAAGGAAAGUCACCUAUAGGAACCUGAGCACCUGGUAUGCAGAGCUUCGAGAGUUCAGGCCGGAGAUCCCAUGUGUCGUGGUGGCCAAUAAAAUCGAUGCAGACACACAGGUGACUCAGAAAAGCUUCAAUUUUGCCAGGAAGUUCUCCCUGCCUCUGUACUUUGUUUCAGCUGCGGAUGGUACCAAUGUUGUAAAGCUCUUCAAUGACGCAAUUCGAUUAGCUGUGGCAUAUAAACAGAAUUCCCAGGACUUCAUGGAUGAGGUUUUACAGGAGCUUGAGAAUUUCAAGUUGGAGCAGAAAGAAGAUGAUGCACCAGACCAAGAACAGAGUAUCAGGAUUGAAAGCCCAUCCCCUACCUGAUUACAGAGGAGCCUUGCAUUGCUGACUUGGGGUUGUGGGAGGACCCUUUUGGAAUACCCCUCCAGCUCUGAAUGGAGAAGCUCUUCAGACCACCCUUUGCUCAGCUUUCUGCAAAGCCAUCAUCCAUGUAUUAGAUGAGGUCAGCACAAGCAUGCUGGUAUGAGACCUCCCCAACUUCCCUGCAGCAGGAUUAGCAAUCAGUGCUUCCCACCAUGCCUUCCCACCCCCACCUCCAGCUGAACAGAGAAUCAGGGAACACACUUUUAUGUCUCUUUAGUAAAUUGACAGUUGUUUAAGGUUUGUUUGGGUUUUGUUUUUUCCUCCCAAAACUGACCUCAGGGAUAUUUGAUGUGUAUCUACCAAGAGAAUGAUUGCUAAUCCCUGGUUAUCACAUCCCCCUUGCACAGUGUGAGGCCUUUAGCCCUUUUUCCCCUUGUCUCCAAGCCAACUUUUUAAAACAAUGUUUUUGAACAUACAACUGUUCAUUCCAGAUUUUUGUGCACCUACUAUUUCAGGAACUCUUCUGAGAUCACAAGAACAGGUUUGCAUCACAGUUAAGUAUAAACAAGUGACAUGUUUAGCUGUAUGUAAUCACAUAUAGACGUUAGUAUAGGAAAACAUGAGGUCAUGCAUAGCUGUGCCACAAGGAAUACUUCAUUUUGAUUACAAGAAGUCGGCUUUCAGAACAGCUUCUUUUAAAGUCUUCCUGUCAGCAUGGGAAAGUUUCCUCCAGUUCAUUAGGACUCCUUGAACACUGCCUCCUGUUAGUGGCCAAGGACUGCAGAAGAGAUGCCCUGCUUGCCUCUCCUCCCCUGCCCAGUACCUGUGGCUUGGUAGUAUGCUUUUAUGAUCAUCCUGAACAUCAUUUGCAUUAUUUUUGUUGUUUUAUUUGUAUUAUUUUCUUUAUUUUUUACAAUAAACAUUGAAUUA